UUUUAUGGUCUGGAGUUAUUCAAGAUGUCAGCGCCCAUGAUAGCCAUGUGGAGGUCAAAUUCUAAGAAAAAUUGGUCAUGCCUAAAACGGCUGAUAUCGCAGAUGUCAUGUAGGCGGUAUUGUAACCGGAAUAUCCUCAUUCUUCAUGAGAGGGGAAUAUUCCAGAAUAUUUUCCCAGCAGAAAGAAGUCCUGAUCUUCAUAGCCUGCUAGUCAAAUCACCACAGACCAUCUAUGCCGGAUUUGAUCCGACAAGUGAUAGCUUGCAUAUUGGUAAUCUGCUGGUCAUCAUGAGCCUUAUUCACUGCCAAAGAGCUGGACAUACUCCUUUGGCCCUAGUUGGUGGUGCUACUGCAAUGAUUGGCGACCCCAGCGGGAAGACAAAAGAUCGACGAGCAAUGAAUAUUGACGAGUUAGCUGAAAACUCUUCUGGAAUUCAGUCAACCUUGCAACGAAUAUUCAAACACCAUUCAGACAUUAUGUGGAGAAAAGAUUUACCUGCACCUGUAGUUUUGAACAAUGCUGAAUGGUAUUCCAGUACAAAUGUCAUUGAGUUCUUAUCAAACGUUGGGAGAAACUUCCGAAUGGGGGAUAUGCUGCGAAAAGACAGUGUAAAAUCACGCCUAGAUACUGCAGAGGGGAUGAGUUUAACAGAGUUCACUUACCAAGUAUUCCAAGCGAAUGAUUGGUUACAUUUGUAUAACAACUAUAAGUGUAAGAUUCAAAUUGGUGGAAAUGAUCAACUAGGAAAUAUCACUGCCGGCUACGAGUUGAUCAAAAGGGUUAAAAAUGAGUCUGUAUUUGGUUUAACAGUACCGCUGAUCGUAACGUCCUCAGGUGAAAAGUUUGGUAAAACUGCAGGAAACGCUAUCUGGCUUGACAGGUCAAAAACAUCCAUCUUUGACUUUUAUCAGUAUUUCAUCAACACUCCAGACUCUGAUGUUGCUGCUCGCUUAAAGUCGUUUACCUUUCUUCCCGAGAAUGAAAUCAAAGAUGUCCUUGACAGACAUAAGAAAUCCCCUGAAAGCAGGAUCGCCCAGAAGAAAUUAGCCGAACAAGUUACUAUUUUAGUUCAUUCAGAUGAAGGCCUCCAAAGUGCAAAACGAUGCACCCACGUGUUGUACAACAGCUCUCCAGAAUCACUGGCCGAGUUGACUGAGGCAGAAAUCGAAGAUGUUUUCAAAGGUGCUACAAAGAUGGAGCUGCUGUUGCAGCCCGGGAUGACGCUCAUCGAUGUUGUCAUGAAGGCGAAGAUCCUUGGAAGAGCUAGAGAGGUCGAUGCCAUCCAGGUAAUCAACGGUGGUGGUCUGUACGUCAACUUCAGGAGGAUCACCAAUCCAGACGCAGCAUUCAUACCCGGGGAACACAUUCUACAUGCAGGAUUCACUGUUAUAAGAGCAGGGAAAAAACGAGUCUUCCUCAUUCAAUGGAUUCGGUGAUGUUGCAACGCUGUCCACACUACUGUCCUGAAUCUCCUUCCAUGAGAAACACCCUGUGUGAGGCAGACAAACGUUUUCCAUAUCGUGAAACUCAUGGAAAAUGUACAUGUACAAUCAUAGUUGUACUCCGACUGAAUUGUGUCCUAUGGACAUCAUUGUGCAAUGUCAAUGCUAUUGUGAUGAUCAAAUCAUACAUACUGUAGGCAUUUAUAUGGAAACUUGUGAA